AUGUGGAUCAUUUCAUUUUGGGUAUUCCCGUUGAUAUCGGCAUGCAUGUGGGUUGCAAUGUUGAUUGCCAUGCUAGUCACAUGGGCCAGGGAAGGAGAGCCGCAUUACCAGAGCAUGGAGGACGGCCAGACCAUUGCGUACAUCUCCGAUGUCGGUGCACAGGGACUUAAGCCGUUGUUUGUCGCCGGAAGUGCUGUCACUGUUGUCUUCCUCGAUCUGGCUCUCAUCUCGGAGCGAUGGCUUCGCCAUGCCGGACAGCUUGCCCCGAAUCGAGGACUCUUCGACAAGAUCUGCGCCGUCGCAUCCAUCUUCUUCGCUAUUGCCGGAGCUCUCGGUCUGAUCCUGCUGUCCGUAUUCGACACAGUCCGUCACCCAAUGAUGCACGAUGGCUUCCUGGUCAUGUUCCUUGUCGGAUACGUGAUCAGCGCCAUCCUCAUCUGUGCCGAGUACCUCUGGAUCGGCAUCUUCUACCGCUCGCAACAUCGCAUUCUCCUCGCCAGCUUCAUUAUCAAGCUCGGCUUCAUCAUCAUCGAGGUUGGCCUCGCCAUCGGAUUCGGUGCCUGCAUGAACAGCAACAACAAGGCGAAGAAGAACCCCGGCGCUAUCCUCGAAUGGGUCAUUGCUUUCGUCUUCACUGGAUACGUUCUUUCCUUUGUCGUUGAUCUCCUUCCGUCCGUUCGCACUCGUCGACACUUGCCUCAAGGCGAAAAGCUCGCGACCAUGGUGCAUGACCAUAACCUGCCCGCUGCUUCGCUGGAGGAGCCUCUGACCACCGAUUCUGUUGGUCCCAACUUUUACCGGGGUCAGCGAGUGUAA